AUGAACCGCACCGCAGAAGCUGCUAAUUGAUCAAGUUUCAGUUAAUUGGGUAGUCAAAGAAUGCUCAUUUCGGUUGCUGCUGGUGGAAUUAUUAUCUUCUUUUGCUGCUUCAAUGCCGUCUGCUAUGCUCAGAAAUCGCCAGCGUAUGGCUUCGUAAAGCAAGCGGCAGAUUCUCCACGGGCGUCGUACCACGACUACAUCAUCGUCGGCGGCGGGACAGCUGGCUGCCCCUUGGCCGCUACCCUCUCGAAGAGGUUCGACGUGCUAGUGCUGGAAAGAGGCGGAUCGCCUUACGGGAAUGCCAACAUUUCCAACCUCGCCUCUUUCAUCGAGAACCUCGCCUACCUCACCCCGACGUCACCCGCACAGCGCUUCGUCUCCGAGGACGGCGUCAUCAAUACGCGAGCUCGUUGCCUCGGCUGCGGCACCUGCAUCAACGCCGGGUUCUACUCUAGCGCCAGCCGCCGAGAGUUGAUGGAUAUGCGAUUGAACCCGAAGCUGGCCCACCAGUCGUUCCCCGCCAGCUUCGGGUUCAAUCGCAUAUCCAUCAACUCUCGGCGGCCAGCCGCCGAGAGUUGAUGGAUAUGGACGGCACAAAGGUCGGGGGAACCACGUUCGACCCAACCGGCCAUCGCCACACCGCCGCCGAUCUGCUCAAGUACGCUGACCCCGCCAGGAUCACCGUGCUCUUGCGCGCCACGGCGCAGAGGAUCUUGUUCAGGAACGUUACCGGCCAGCAUAAGAACCCGCAGGCGUACGGCGUGGUGUACAAGGACGAAGCCGGCAACAUCCACGAGGCCCGCCUCAAGGGCUUCUCUGCAGGCGAAAUCAUACUGUCAGCCGGCGCUCUCGGUAGCCCGCAGUUACUCAUGUUAAGCGGCGUCGGCCCCACGGACCACCUCAAGUCCUUCGGCAUCGAGGUGCUCCUGGACCAGCCGAUGGUCGGCCAUGGCAUUGCCGACAACCCGAUGAACAUCUUCGCCGUGCCUUCGCCUGAGCCACUGACUAUCACUUCGGUUCAAGUCGUCGGAAUUGGGCCGGGCUACUACAUGGAGUCCUUGACGGGCUUCAACUUAGUCGCAGCGCUUUUGGGAGGCAACUCCCCAACCGUCCCUUACUUCUUCCAAGGUGGCGUAGUAGGUGAAAAAUUGGCAAGGCCUCUCUCCCGAGGAUAUCUUCGUCUCAAGAAUCUCGACCCAGAGGACAAUCCAUCAGUAACCUACAACUACUUCACGGAGCCUGAGGAUCUUAGAACAUGCGUGGAGGCAUUGCAGACGGUCAUGAGAGUGAUCGAUACCCAAGCGCUGUCCGAAUUCAGAUACCCGAAUCAAACGGUGGAGUACUUGCAGGCUCUCACUGCGAACUUAGUUGUCAAUAACAGAGCAAGAAGUGCAGAGGACGCCACUUCGCUGGAGCAAUACUGCAGCGACCUCGUAAUGACCAUUUGGCAUUUCCAUGGCGGGUGUGAAGUAGGAAAGGUGGUCGACCAUGAAUACAGAGUGAUCGGCGUGGCCGGGCUCAGGGUGAUUGAUGGAUCCACUUUCAGUUUCUCCCCGGGAACUAACCCUCAAGCAACUCUCAUGAUGUUGGGCAGGUACAUGGGGAUUCUGAUAGGAAAUGAUGGUGCAGCUCUGUUUACUGAUAUUUCUAAGUAUCAUUAAAUAAAUGUAAUAUUACAGUAAAAAGUAAUUAUACUCCUCCUAAAUAUCUUCUGAUAUAAAAGAAGAUAAAUAAAUCUGUCAUCUUUAACUAUAAUUAUGUACUUUAAUUUCUCAAUCAAACA